AUGUCAAGUACAACAAACUCAGUUAAAGGAAAAGAAGUUUUAAAGAAAUUAGGAGAAUUAAUACCAUUAAAUUUAGCAGAGAAAUGGGAUAAUGUCGGAUUAUUAGUUGAACCAAGUAAUACAGAUUCAAUGGAUAUCGAAAGAAUAUUUCUUACUAAUGAUUUAACAGAACCAGUUUUACAAGAGGCUAUCAAUGAGAAAGCAAGUUUCAUAAUAUCAUAUCAUCCACCAUUAUUCAACCAAUUUAAAACUGUUAACCAAAAAUCAAUUUCACAAAGAAUUGCAAUUAAAUCAAUUGAGAAUAGAAUACCAAUUUAUUCACCACAUUCCGCCUUAGAUUCUUGUGAUGGUGGUUUAAACGAUUGGAUUUCAAAUGCUUUAAUUAAAUUAAACUCUGGUAAAGGUAGAUCAAAACCAAUUACACCUUAUCAAGAAUCAUUGAAAUCCACUCAAAAGAUUUCAAUCUAUUUACAUACCAAUCAACCACUCACAGCUGAAAUCUUAAAACAAUUAGAAUUAAAUUCAAAUUUUCAAUUCUAUUCAACUGAUAAAAUUGAAUUAUCUUGUGAUCAACAACAAUUAUUAAUUUUAAUUAAUUUAAUUAAAUCAUUUUCAAAUGAAAUUAAAAAUUGGGAUAUUAUAAAUCAAGAAAAAGUAUUAUCAUUAAAUAAUGGUUCAGGUAAAUUAGUUACAUUAGAUGAUGAUGGAAUUGAUAUUGAUGUAAUUGUAAAAGGAGUUAAAGAAUUAUUCAAUAUUGAAUAUGUUAGAAUUGGUAGACCAUUAAGUGGUGAAUCUAAAAAGAUUAAAACUAUCUCUUUAUGUGCAGGUAGUGGUGGUUCUGUAGUUUUCAAUGCAAAAGCUGAUCUCUAUUUAACUGGUGAAUUAACUCAUCAUGCAAUUUUAGAUGCUUGUGCUAAAGGAAGUUAUGUCAUUGUUUGUGAUCAUUCAAAUUCUGAAAGAGAUUACCUUCCACAAAUUUUAAAACCAAAUUUAGAAAAAUUAUUUAAUGGUCGUAUUAAAGUCAUAGUUUCAAAAUUAGAUACUGAUCCAUUAAAAGUCAUUUAA